AUGAUUUAUGACCAAUUCCUCAUUGUCGACUGCCCAACGGCAUACAACAUCAUAAUUGGUCCAAAGGGACCAGCUCAGCGCGCAAACUUGUUACGCCACAACACUCAAAUCGGCAGCAUCAAAACUGCUAAGCGAGACCAUGUCAGUGUUAGUGGCGCCGAACGGUAUGGGGCCAAUCGACGACCCAAGAGAAGAACGCCAACUCCUCAGGCACAACCCGCCGAAGAGUUGGAAACAGUAGCGUUAAACGAAGGGCAGCCCGAUCGGUGUGUCAAAAUCGGCACCACACUCGCCCCAUCCCUCCGAACAAAAUUUAUUGAGUUCCUACAGCAUUACUCGGAAGUGUUCGCCAGGUCUUAUGACGAUAUGCCAAGCAUUUCCCUCGAGAUCAUCAGCCACAAGCUCAGCAUCUCCCCUGCUUACAAACCUGUGCUUCAAAAGCGUCAUUCGUAUGACGACGAAUGGUAUGAGGCCAUGAGAACAGAAGUUGACAAGCUCCAAGCCAUCAACUUUAUCAGAUAG